AUGGCUAUCAGUGAGAUCGUCACGGAUAAGUCGCUUCUACCGGUGCUCCAGACCAGCGCUGAGACGCUGGUGCAGUGCAACCAGCUGCUCUCCAUCCUGAACCCCGACACCCUCCCCAACGACACCGCCAAACUCCAAGAACUAUCCUUGGCCGCCUCCAAGCAGCAAAAGAUCCUGUUCGCCUUGUUGGCCCAACUACGCGGGCAAAAUCGGGGAGCUAUUUUCCGCGUUCGCGACACCAAGCAAACCACCGCAGAGGCCCGACAGGAAAUCGACCGACUCCAUCUUCAAUUGCAGAACCUUUACUACGAACAGAAGCAUCUCACUGGCGAAAUCGCAGCUUGCGAAGCAUAUGAUCAUAAAUACCGGUCACUCCCUUUGACGCCCGUCGAGGAAUUCCUCAAGCUUCACCCCGAACAUCGCGAGACCAACGAACAUGACUUGAUGAUCGCCCGCAUCAACCAUGAGCAUGCUGAAAGAGAGAAGCUGGAGCAAGCGCGACAAGAGCUGCUGAAGCGCAAGCAGGCUUUGAUUGCCGAGAACAAGAAGAGGAAGGACGACCUUGCGAAUCUCGACCAGGACCUUGAGAAAUUCAUCGAUGCCGCCAAACCGAUCCAGAAGAUUUUUGAGAAGGAAUACUAG